AUGCAAGUGAAAGGUCCAAAGUGGGACUGGGGCUGGCCGCUGAACCAACGAAUAAAUAUGCAUCCACCUGAAGCCCGCAGUCGCAUUCAUAGAGAACAACAGCCUGGCGUUUUCAGUGCGCUCGUUGCUCAGAUACCUCAGGCUGUUCAAUGGGCUCACUUGUCGAGCUCGAAGUUAGAUUUUCAGUUUGUGGCGCCCAAAGAUCUUGUAGUAAUCUAUCCACCGGUCAGACUCUUUGCCACUUGCUUCCUUGUCAAAUUCCUCUUCAUCGCUAUCAUCAGAGUUGUCGUGGGUAAUGUGGAUGGCAAAACCUCCAAAAGCAUUCGCCACUUGCCGGCUUGGCAAGUCGACGCUGAGGCCUGCUUUGGGUCUGUGUCUUGCCACCCUGUUUUUAAUUUUUUGUUUCGCCAGCCGGCGAAACUGGCGUGCCAGUUCAUGCAGAAAACUUCGAAAACGUACUUCGAGGGAAUCUUUUGGCUUCUAUCUUCAAAACGAGCCCAAGAACGUACCUACGCCAUCAUCAAUGUCGAGCACAACCGUUCCAUCUCUUUUAACAAGGAGGGCGAGUGUUGCUCCGCAUCUGAGGUAGACUAUGGCUGUAUCAUCUCAUUCCUCGCGAACAAGAAGUGGUUGAUUCAAGGCCUGCUAGACGUCUUCACAGAUAUUGGACCAUACUAUCAGUGA